AUGGACGAUAUGUAUUUAGAUGUCACGGCGGGAUACACCGACGAUUGUAAAAUAACUCAAAUCGACUAUCAUUCUUUUCUGCCAUACUCAACAUCAGCUCUUUCUAAUAACGAUGAGGUGCGUAUUGCGUUACAUAACACAGAGUCUUAUACUUUACCAUGCGAGAGUUAUAUCUACAUCGAGGGAACAAUAACCAAACCCGCAGAAAUAACCGAUGAAAUUAGAUUUGUAAACAACGGACUGUCAUUUCUUUUCUCCGAAAUGAAAUAUGAAAUAAACGGUACUCAGAUUCAAAAACUCGUCAAUCCAGGUAUAUCGACUACAUUAAAAGGAUAUUGUUCGUAUAAUAAAACAAAUAUUAUAUCGCAUCAUAACGCUGCCUGGGAUAGUGAUAUUAAAAAUGCUAAUAAAGAUUUUAUCGACAAUGGUAAUUUUAACGGGUGUAUUAAUCUUAAAGAUUUGUUUGGUUUUUGUGAAGAUUAUAAACGUAUUUUAAUAAACUGCAACCAGCAACUUAUAUUGAAUAGAGCAUCACUCGAUAUAAAUGCAAUCAAACAGUAUAAAAAUAAUGAAGUUGUUGCAGACGCACCGAAACUAAAAGACGUUAAAAUAAACAUAACGAAAAUAUUAUGGAGAAUGCCUAUAGUGAAAGUGAGUGAUAGAGAAAAAAUACGACUGUUGAAAGUAAUUAAUAAUCAGAAACCGCUUACAUGUGCGUUUCGAUCGUGGGAACUGUGUGAAUAUCCAUUUUUACCUCAAAACACUUCGCAUUCAUGGAAAGUAAAGACAUCCAACAAAUUAGAAAAACCUAGAUAUGUCAUAAUCGGUUUUCAAACCGAUAGGAAAAAUAGUUCGAGUAAAGCAAUGUCAUAUUUCGAUCAUUGUAAAAUUAAAAACUUGAAGGUCUAUUUAAACUCUGAAGUAUUCCCCUAUGAAGAUUUUCAAAGCGACUUCACUAAGAAUAAGAUUUCUACAUUAUACCGAGCGUAUGCCGAGUUCCAAAAAUCUUACUACGGACAUAACGAAGUGACACCUCUAUUGAACAGAUCAGAUUUCAAAAAUCUGUCCCCGAUUGCAGUUGUUGACAUGAGCCGACAAAACGAUAACGUGAAAAUGUCAACUGUGGACCUCAGAAUCGAACUCGAAGCCGACGAAGCGUUUCCAGCUUCAACUUCAGCAUAUUGUUUAAUAUUACACGACCAAAUUAUAACUUAUAAUCCAUUUAAUGGAGAAAUAAGAACCUUGUAA